AUGCAAGGCAGCGAGCGUUUUCUCAUCCCAUCCACCGUUUUCUCAUCCCAUCCACCGUUGUCUCAUCCCAUCCACCGUUUUCUCAUCCCAUCCACCGUUGUCUCAUCCCAUCCACCGUUUUCUCAUCCCAUCCACCGUUUUCUCAUCCCGUCCACCGUUUUCUCAUCCCGUCCACCGUUUUCUCAUCCCGUCCACCGUUUUCUCAUCCCGUCCACCGUUUUCUCAUCCCCUCCACCGUUUUCUCAUCCCCUCCACCGUUUUCUCAUCCCGUCCACCGUUUUCUCAUCCCGUCCACCGUUUUCUCAUCCCCUCCACCGUUUUCUCAUCCCAUCCACCGUUGUCUCAUCCCGUCCACCGUUGUCUCAUCCCGUCCACCGUUGUCUCAUCCCGUCCACCGUUGUCUCAUCCCGUCCACCGUUGUCUCAUCCCGUCCACCGUUUUCUCAUCCCGUCCACCGUUGUCUCAUCCCGUCCACCGUUGUCUCAUCCCGUCCACCGUUUUCUCAUCCCCUCCACCGUUGUCUCAUCCCGUCCACCGUUUUCUCAUCCCCUCCACCGUUUUCUCAUCCCGUCCACCGUUUUCUCAUCCCCUCCACCGUUGUCUCAUCCCGUCCACCGUUGUCUCAUCCCGUCCACCGUUGUCUCAUCCCGUCCACCGUUGUCUCAUCCCGUCCACCGUUUUCUCAUCCCGUCCACCGUUUUCUCAUCCCGUCCACCGUUUUCUCAUCCCGUCCACCGUUUUCUCAUCCCGUCCACCGUUUUCUCAUCCCGUCCACCGUUUUCUCAUCCCGUCCACCGUUUUCUCAUCCCCUCCACCGUUUUCUCAUCCCCUCCACCGUUUUCUCAUCCCGUCCACCGUUGUCUCAUCCCGUCCACCGUUUUCUCAUCCCCUCCACCGUUUUCUCAUCCCCUCCACCGUUUUCUCAUCCCAUCCACCGUUUUCUCAUCCCUUCCACCGUUUUCUCAUCCCGUCCACCGUUUUCUCAUCCCCUCCACCGUUUUCUCAUCCCGUCCACCGUUGUCUCAUCCCCUCCACCGUUUUCUCAUCCCGUCCACCGUUUUCUCAUCCCCUCCACCGUUUUCUCAUCCCGUCCACCGUUGUCUCAUCCCCUCCACCGUUGUCUCAUCCCCUCCACCGUUUUCUCAUCCCCUCCACCGUUUUCUCAUCCCGUCCACCGUUUUCUCAUCCCGUCCACCGUUUUCUCAUCCCGUCCACCGUUUUCUCAUCCCGUCCACCGUUUUCUCAUCCCGUCCACCGUUUUCUCAUCCCAUCCACCGUUUUCUCAUCCCGUCCACCGUUUUCUCAUCCCAUCCACCGUUUUCUCAUCCCAUCCACCGUUUUCUGCAUCUCCCUGGCGAGCCAGAGGAGGGAGUGAAAAGAGCGUCUAUGCCUGAAUGCACAUUCACCCACACCUUCACCCACACGUUCACCCACACGUUCACCCACACGUUCGCCCACACGUUCGCCCACACAUUCGCCCACACGUGCACACUACUUCUCCCUCCCUGCAUUCUCCACUCACAUGCACACUACUUCUCCCUCCCUGCAUUCUCCACUCACAUGCAUGGCAGCGAGCGUGCUCCCAUCCACGCCAUCCCCGCGGUGGUCCAGGGGAGCCCGGCCACACUGGCAGCUGCCUCAUUGCCUGCCUCUGCCUCGCUGCACGCGUGGGUGCCAGGAGCUUCCUCUAGCGGGUUGACUCUGCUUAAGGCGAAAUCUAAGCUGAAGAAGAUGAAGGAACUCGACGCUGAAGGAACGAUUCUGCACAGCAUCCGUACCAAAGCGGUCGAUUUCCAGACGAAGAUUGACUCUGUCAAGGAGAAAUCCAAGGCGUCCGUUGCUGAGAUCCAUUUGGCGAAUCAGAAGCGGAUUCAGGCAGAGUUUAUCGCCUCGAAAGCACUGGAGGUUGAGGAGAUCGCGAAGAUGGCUAACUCGCGUGUCACGACUCUGGCUACAAGGAUGGAGGAUUACAUACAGGGGCUGAACGCGGAUCCUGAUUUGGUGGUGUCUGACGCUGCCAAGGAGAAAUUUCGUUUACUCAAGGGACGCUGCAUCGAGAAAGCCCAAUCCGACAUCGCUGCUGCCAAGGAUGAUCUUACCAUCCGGGAGUUGGAAAGACAGCGUAAGAUAGCUGCUGAGGAUUUGAAGAAAGCUGCUGCGUCUGAGGAGGUGCAGGAGAUGGAGUUAGAACCUGCGUUAGAGGAGAUUCUCGCGAAGCAGGUUAAGAAGAUUGAAGACAAACUUCGCAAGGAAAUCACUGCGAAGGUUGAGGCCAGUCUUACGAAGAAGCUGCAGAAGAAUCUCUCUCUUAAGGAGCAAGACCCUGCGCAGGCCGCUGCUGCUAAUCCGAAGCAGAGGAGUACGGCGGGAAAGCAGAAAAGUCAGGAGAAUGGCAACGCUGCACCUGCUGGAUCCAAGCCGAGGAGGAAGCGUGGUGGGAAGAAAAAGAAUCAGAAGCAGAAUUCCAGCACCGACAAAGGCAAGCAGGCGGGAGGCCAAGUCAAAUCUGAUACGGCCAAGGGACCAAAAAACGGCGGAGGCGGCCCCGAAAAAGGGCCGCGCAAGAAGAACUAA